GGAAAAUCUGUGAGACUCAUAUCAUUAAUUACCAAAAAGCCUGAAUGACACUGUGGCUAGCGCUGUAGAGUGGUAGCCUUGAGCGCAAAAGCUCAGGGACAGCACCCAGGCCCAGAGUCAAACCGCAGAUCAGCAUCAAAAGAAGCAGCAGCAGCAGCAGCAGCUAGAAAUUAGUGUCGUUAAUCCUGUUGUUACGUUCCUCUAAAUGUAGGAUCACACCUGAUAAUGACUCUAUUCAAUUGAAAAUGCACAUUCAGCUUUCUGAAGUCUUGAGACCCAGCAAUGUUGAAGAAGCUUGACUUUCCACAGGAUGAAGAUGGGUCAGCUCCAGCCCUGGAUGAAACCCCUAGGAUAAGGACCUUGGAGCCAGGCAUGCUGGAGAAGGUAGUGAAGAACCUGGUACCUGCUCACCAGAAGGGAGAUCCCUUCUAUGUCCCUGCUUUCCUGUACACUUACAGAAACUUCACAACAACAGGGCAAGUGCUGGACCUGCUGUUUAAAAGAUAUGGAUUUUUCCACCCAAACUGUGAAGAGGAUGAACAAGUAAAGAACACCAUUUGUUCUUUCUUUGCCAUGUGGCUGGACAAGUACCCUGAGGAUUUCUGCCAGUCCAAGAACCUGGCCAACCUCAAUCAGCUGAUGGCCUAUGUGCUGCUCCACAUGCCCUGCUCAGACCUGGCAAGCCAUGUACAACAUCUUCAAACCCAGCUGAUGGAAUCAGAGGCCAGUGAAGCAGGGACAAAGUGUGAGGAAUUCUUGGAUUUGGGGCUGCACACUGCAGCUGCUCCUGAGCUCAAGGCAAUGGACCCACCAGUGACAUCAGCACCUCUGGUACUAGAAUCAACACUGCCUGCUCUAGCUAGAGGCCUGGGGCCUCCACAGCACCCUGGGCCACGUGUGAAGGUAGAGCACUUUGUGUCAGCAGUAGAACAAUCAGAACUUCUUGUAUGUCCUGUGGACCUCUAGCCUGUUGUGGCCACUGCACUGGACAUCCACUAACCUCCAGAUAUCAAGGCAGAAGAGGUAGCACUUCUUUCAUUGCCUGCAGAUAUCCACAUGGAUCUGCCCACCAUCUCAAAUCAACCUACCUCACCUGGUAGAGGAGAAGUUAGCUUAGGCUAGGUCUGCUCAAACUGUUCCCAGUCCAUAUUAGGCACAGCCUUUACUUCUGGAAGAGUCACUAGCGCCAUCUGGGAGCUGAAAUCAUCCCCAAUCCAAGUCAGGAAGAACGUCUUUUUGAUGUAGAGGUAGAGCAACUUGUGGACCCAUUCAUUAUGAUUACGUCCUGAAGUUCACCUAACAAGCUCUAGGACUACAGCCAUCAUUCCCCUCCCCCUGAGGAAAUACCACCUUUAUAUUUUCUUUUCAAUAUAAACUGUUAGUUUUUAAUAUAA